AUGAGUGAAGGCUCGAGCGGAGAAGUAAAGAGAACGGUAAUGGAAGAAAAAUCGGAACAGCAACAAGGGAGAGCAUCUCUGGAGAAAGGAAGAUCGUGCAAAGGCUAUCUUUAUUACUCCUCCACUCUCAAAUCCAAGGCUAAGAACCCCCGCUGCGUCGGAAUCCCUCGUACUCUUCGUCAAGUUCCUGAUUACGUUGUUGGACAAUCUGAAGCUGAAGCUUCUAAAGAAGGACGAACCUUGGCGGAUUUUUACUACGGCUGUUUGGGUUAUUCAGUCUACAUGACUGAAAAAGAUUCAUCUGCAAUGAAGCAGCCUACAAAGACGCAGCUUCCCGUUUGUGUUGGCCUUGAGAUACUAGCAGAUAGAAGAGCGACUUCUAGCAACACUUCACCUGUGCCAGCCCGUGUUCAAAAUAGAAAUGGUGCUCGUACUGGGGAUCCAUUUGGUGUAGAUCCUCGGGAUCACCUGAACCAGAACCGGAAACCAUCCCCAGCCCGAUCACCAGCCCCACCCCCAGCCCCAGAAAACGGCUUUGUAACCAGGUUCAACAGAAACGCAAACCUGGUGGCAUCAGGGGUGAUGAAGAACCUGAAGAGAGUGGGUAACUAUGUCAAAGAGACAAUGGAAGAGUCCAUGGACCCAUAUCGAAAGCGACCAAAAUGA